CUUUUGUCACUUGCUCUGCUAUUGUUGUGUCGAGUACGAAUGGUGUGUGAUUAUUUUUCCAGUCAGCUGCAAGCACUGGACCUGGAGCCCAACGAACUCACAGCCAAGCGAGGCAGUUGAUAAAUGAGAAUCAAAUCAGAGGGAAAACAAGUGCCGUAUAUAAAUAUAGAUUUGCUUUUAGUAAUAUAAGUUUCAGUUGGCUCAGUAAUGUCCGAAACAUCGACGUCUGGCCGCUCUCAUUCCGAAGAUCUUUCUAGGUCGUCCCAUAUGCUCCGCCAGUAACAAUUGUCGCCUGCAAGAGAUCUUGAAGGCUUGUGCCAACAUUCAGUCACUGGAAUCGCUGUCUCCGUACGCUCAGCUGGACAACGACAUAAACGACACGUACGCCACGGCAGAGAAUAUGAUUACUCCCGAUCCGUACUCAUUCAAUGGAUUUAUAUCGAACAGCACCUGCGGUAGCGAAGAUGGCUUCACCGACAUCGUUCUCGAGGAGGACAAUCGCGUCUCAUUAGCGUACGAAAAUCUGUGCACCAUUCCACGAAGACUAGCCGACAAGUUUGCUGCACACGUCAAGUUCCUCGAUCUCAGCUACAACAACUUCCGGAACCUAAAGUUUCUUAUGUUUUUCGAAGAAUUGCACACGCUCAUACUGGAUCGCAAUAGUAAUUUGGAUGUGAAUACCUUCCCCUAUAUGCUCAACUUGAAAAUUUUAUGGAUAAAUAACUGCGAUAUUUGCAACAUAACAGACUGGAUUCACCGAAUAGAGCGACACUGCCCCGCGCUCGAGCAGCUUUCCUGCAUGGGCAAUCCAGGUAUCCAGACGGCGUUCAAAAAUCAUGGCCCUGGCUCACCCACCACCUAUGCUCGCGAAUAUAUACUCCAAGUUCUACCCAAUCUCAAAUUCGUGGAUGGUAUUUCGCGUUACUCAUUCAGCAGCCGAGAUCCGAAAACAGAGCUCGACAAGCGAUAUCUUACAGCAGCAGGAGGACCCUCGUCUUCGUGUGUCUCCAUGACAGGACAGGGUCACGAAGAGUCGACCAGCGCGUCUGAAAAGCCAAAGAGUACCUCACCCACGCUCAGCUUCAAAGAGCUCUUUCGACUCAAGUCUGUCAAAAAGGCGAAGAGUCCGUGUGGCUCUUCGUCCAACUGAUAUGCAUACAAAUAUCUACAUUAUAUAUAUAUGUAUAUAUAUAGCUGCUGUAUGCAGUUGUUGUUGUAUAUGUUGUUAUAGGCCAGCCUUCGUAGCAUAUGCAUAUCAGUUCUCUUAUAAUGUUUACAUAAAGACAGAUCUCUUGAAUCUAUUUAUAUGCUAUAAUUAACUACGGGGAUCUGAUUUGUAAAGCAACCAUUACAUUAGAAAUUUAUAGAUUGCUAUGACAUGACAGAUAAAGAUCAAAUGAAGACAAGUUCUGAAAUAAUUAAUAUAUUUCGUAUGUCAACUAUAUAUCUCCAUAAUUUUAGCAUUUGAAUCACUAUGGAUAUCGUUUACAGGUGACCGACACGAGAUUCUCGCUUUAUUUUUGAUUAUGCAUCUAAAUUGUUUAGCUAUCUAAGAAGAAAUUUUGCGUAUAAAUAUUGGCACACUUAACCAUAAAUUACAGUUAUCAAGUUGUAAACUUAUUUUUUUAAAACUUACUACACAGUUCUAAAUGUAUUGUUUUUAUCAAAUAAUGUUUGUCAUUUUAACAUCAAAGACAGCUUCAAUAUUUUUCUCUGCAUAUAAUAAACAAAUUAAUUAAAAUUUUAUAUUUCAUAUA